GAGGCCAACAUGGCGGCGCGCAGGGCUGGGCCGCGCCGCCGCCGCGCCUGAGCGCCCCACCACCCCACCUCGGCUCGCGGCGCCCACACCCGCACCCAACCUGGCCCGGCGGCUGCGGAGCUCGCGGGGCAGGAGCGCAGGAGCCCGCCCAGGCGCGGAGACCGCACGGAGGUAGCGCCGCGCCGCCAGCCAGGCCCCGAGAGCCGCAGCGCAGCCGCUCGCCGGCCGGGUAGCCGGCACGGCCCGGAGGCCCGAGCCAUGGAAUCGGAGGAGGAGCAGCACAUGACCACGCUGCUGUGCAUGGGCUUCUCGGACCCCGCCACCAUCCGCAAGGCCCUGCGUCUGGCCAAGAACGACAUUAACGAGGCCGUGGCGCUGCUCACCAACGAGAGGCCCGGCCUCGACUACGGCGGCUACGAGCCCAUGGACAGCGGCGGCGGCCCCAGCCCGGGCGGGGGCCCCCGGGGCGACGGAGGCGGCGACGGUGGCGGCGUUCCCUCCCGCGGCGGGAGCACCGGCGGCGGGGGCGGUUUCGACCCCCCGCCCGCCUACCACGAGGUAGUGGACUCGGAGAAGAAUGAUGAAAAUGGAAACUGCUCAGGAGAAGGAAUUGAAUUCCCUACAACAAAUCUGUAUGAACUGGAAAGCCGUGUUCUGACUGAUCAUUGGUCCAUCCCCUACAAGCGAGAGGAAUCGUUGGGCAAAUGCCUGUUGGCUUCCACCUACCUAGCAAGACUCGGUCUUUGUGAAUCUGAUGAGAAUUGCAAGCGAUUUAUGGAUAGGUGUAUGCCUGAAGCAUUUAAAAAGCUCCUGACAUCAAGUGCUGUUCACAAGUGGGGUACUGAAAUUCAUGAAGGAAUCUACAACAUGUUGAUGCUGUUAAUAGAAUUGGUUGCAGAGAGAAUAAAACAAGAUCCAAUUCCUAUUGGUCUCCUGGGUGUGCUUACAAUGGCUUUCAAUCCGGAUAAUGAAUACCACUUUAAAAACAGAAUGAAAGUGUCUCAAAGGAAUUGGGCAGAAGUGUUUGGAGACGGAAAUAUGUUUGCCAUUUCACCUGUAUCUACUUUCCAAAAGGAGCCACAUGGAUGGGUUGUGGAUUUGGUCAAUAAGUUUGGAGAAUUAGGAGGAUUUGCAGCAAUUCAAGCCAAGCUCCAUUCAGAAGACAUAGAACUUGGGGAUGUCUCCGCCCUGGUGCAACCCUUAGGCGUGUGCGCAGAGUACCUGAAUCCACCUGUGGUACAGCCCAUGCUCGACCCAGUCAUUCUUACCACAAUUCAGGAUGUGCGGAGUGUGGAAGAGAAGGACCUCAAGGACAAGAGACUGGUUAGCAUCCCGGAGCUCUUGUCUGCUAUUAAGUUACUUUGCAUGUGCUUCCAACCGGAGCUGGUGACAGUUGUAGAUGACCUUCGCCUGGAUAUCCUGCUGCGCAUGCUGAAAUCACCGCAUUUCAGUGCUAAGAUGAAUUCCCUCAAAGAAGUAACCAAGCUAAUAGAAGAUAGUACUUUAUCCAAAUCGGUGAAGAAUGCUAUAGAUACAGAUAGAUUAUUAGAUUGGCUUGUUGAAAACUCAGUUCUGUCCAUUGCACUGGAAGGCAACAUAGACCAAGCCCAGUAUUGCGAUCGUAUAAAAGGAAUCAUUGAGCUCUUGGGCAGCAAAUUGUCUUUAGAUGAACUCACUAAAAUUUGGAAGAUACAGUCUGGACAAUCAUCUACUGUAAUUGAGAACAUUCAUACGAUUAUUGCUGCAGCAGCUGUGAAGUUUAAUUCUGAUCAGCUUAAUCAUUUGUUUGUUCUUAUUCAGAAGAGCUGGGAGACUGAGAGUGAUAGAGUAAGACAGAAGUUAUUAAGCCUGAUUGGACGAAUAGGCCGGGAAGCUCGCUUUGAGACCACUUCUGGAAAGGUGUUAGAUGUGCUCUGGGAACUGGCUCAUCUACCAACCCUACCCAGUAGCCUUAUUCAGCAAGCCCUGGAGGAGCAUCUGACCAUCCUUAGUGAUGCUUAUGCAGUGAAAGAAGCCAUCAAGAGGAGCUACAUCAUUAAGUGCAUAGAAGAUAUUAAAAGGCCUGGAGAAUGGUCAGGUUUGGAAAAAAACAAGAAAGAUGGAUUCAAGUUAUCUCAGCCUAAUAAUCCCCAGUUUGUAUGGGUGGUACCAGCGUUGCGUCAGCUCCAUGAAAUCACCCGCUCAUUCAUAAAACAAACCUAUCAAAAGCAAGAUAAGAGCAUUAUUCAAGACUUGAAGAAGAAUUUUGAAAUAGUGAAAUUGGUAACUGGAAGUCUGCUGGCCUGUCAUCGACUUGCAGCCGCCGUGGCCGGGCCUGGGGGCCUAACUGGUUUGACACUGGUAGAUGGCCGGUACACUUACCGGGAGUACUUAGAGGCACACCUAAAAUUCCUGGCGUUUUUCUUGCAAGAAGCCACGCUCUAUCUUGGCUGGAAUCGUGCCAGAGAGAUCUGGGAGUGUCUGGUGACUGGUCAGGAUGUGUGUGAACUGGACAGAGAGAUGUGCUUUGAAUGGUUCACAAAAGGGCAGCAUGAUCUUGAGAGUGAUGUUCAGCAGCAACUCUUCAAGGAGAAAAUUUUGAAAUUGGAGUCCUAUGAAAUCACUAUGAAUGGUUUUAACUUAUUUAAGACUUUCUUUGAAAAUGUGAAUCUCUGUGAUCAUCGUUUAAAAAGACAAGGAGCUCAGUUGUAUGUAGAAAAACUGGAAUUGGUAGGAAUGGAUUUCAUUUGGAAAAUAGCCAUGGAAUCACCUGAUGAAGAGAUUGCUAAUGAAGCUAUUCAGUUAAUCAUAAACUAUAGUUAUAUUAAUCUAAAUCCCAGGUUAAAGAAGGAUUCAGUAUCUUUGCAUAAGAAAUUUAUUGCUGAUUGCUAUACAAGAUUAGAAGCAGCAAGUUCAGCACUCGGUGGUCCCACUCUAACACAUGCUGUGACCAGAGCCACAAAAAUGCUUACAGCCACCGCCAUGCCAACUGUAGCAACAUCCGUUCAGUCUCCAUAUAGGUCCACUAAACUUGUAAUAAUUGAGCGAUUGCUGCUUCUGGCAGAACGCUAUGUGAUCACUAUAGAGGACUUUUACUCUGUUCCACGAACUAUUCUACCUCAUGGUGCCUCGUUUCAUGGACACCUUUUAACUCUUAAUGUUACCUAUGAGUCUACCAAAGAUACCUUCACUGUAGAGGCUCACAGUAAUGAAACCAUAGGGAGUGUCCGGUGGAAAAUAGCCAAGCAGUUGUGUUCUCCUGUGGAUAAUAUACAGAUAUUUACAAAUGACAGUCUGCUGACAGUAAAUAAAGACCAGAAGUUACUCCACCAGCUGGGCUUUGCUGAUGAACAGGUCCUCACGGUGAAGACCUCUGGCAGUGGGACUCCUUCUGGGAGCUCAGCAGAUUCCUCCACCAGCUCCAGCAGCAGCAACAGUAGUGUUUUUAGUUCAUCAUAUGCCAUGGAGAAGGAAAAGUCUCUGCCUGGUGUCGUGAUGGCUCUUGUUUGUAACGUCUUUGACAUGCUUUACCAGCUUGCCAAUCUAGAGGAGCCAAGGAUAACUCUACGAGUGCGAAAGCUUCUGCUGUUGAUACCCACUGAUCCGGCCAUUCAGGAAGCCCUUGAUCAACUUGAUUCUUUAGGAAGAAAGAAAACGUUGCUGUCGGAAUCAAGUUCUCAGUCUUCAAAAUCCCCAUCCCUAUCUUCCAAACAGCAGCAUCAGCCAAGCGCCAGUUCCAUUUUAGAAAGCUUGUUCCGAUCUUUUGCCCCAGGAAUGUCCACCUUCAGAGUGCUUUACAACUUAGAAGUCUUAAGCUCCAAACUCAUGCCAACAGCUGACGAUGACAUGGCAAGAAGCUGUGCAAAAUCCUUCUGUGAAAACUUCCUCAAAGCAGGAGGCUUAAGUUUGGUUGUCAAUGUCAUGCAAAGGGACUCCAUCCCAUCAGAAGUAGACUACGAGACAAGACAGGGUGUUUAUUCCAUCUGUCUGCAGCUUGCAAGAUUUUUACUGGUUGGACAAACAAUGCCCACACUGCUAGAUGAAGACCUGACCAAAGAUGGCAUUGAAGCACUUUCUUCUCGCCCAUUCCGGAAUAUCAGUCGUCAAACCAGCAGACAAAUGUCCUUGUGUGGCACCCCAGAGAAGUCAUCAUACCGACAGUUGUCAGUAUCUGAUAGGUCUUCUAUCAGGGUGGAGGAAAUCAUCCCUGCUGCUCGAGUGGCAAUACAGACAAUGGAAGUGAGUGACUUCACCUCCACUGUGGCUUGCUUCAUGAGAUUGUCAUGGGCUGCAGCUGCAGGACGGCUUGACCUUGUUGGGAGUAGCCAGCCAAUUAAAGAAAGUACUUCUCUGUUUCCUGUUGGAAUCCGAAACAGACUCAGCAGCUCAGGGAGCAAUUGCAGCUCUGGAAGUGAAGGCGAGCCAGUAGCCCUGCAUGCCGGGAUCUGCGUGCGACAGCAGUCGGUGUCGACAAAAGAUGCUCUGAUUGCCGGAGAAGCCCUGUCCCUGCUGGUUACGUGCCUGCAGCUUCGGAGUCAACAGCUGGCAUCUUUCUAUAACUUGCCCUGUGUUGCUGAUUUUAUCAUCGAUAUCCUGCUGGGAUCACCAAGUGCUGAAAUUCGCCGGGUUGCCUGUGAUCAGCUGUAUACUCUGAGUCAGACGGACACUUCAGCUCACCCAGAUGUGCAAAAGCCGAAUCAGUUUCUCCUGGGUGUCAUACUUACGGCUCAGCUGCCUCUCUGGUCCCCAACCAGUAUUAUGAGAGGCGUCAAUCAGAGAUUACUAUCUCAGUGUAUGGAGUAUUUUGAUUUGAGGUGCCAGUUAUUAGAUGACCUGACAACUUCAGAAAUGGAGCAGUUAAGAAUCAGCCCAGCCACAAUGCUUGAAGAUGAGAUUACUUGGCUGGAUAACUUUGAGCCUAACCGCACAGUUGAAUGUGAGACCAGCGAAGCAGAUAACAUCUUACUGGCAGGACAUUUACGGCUCAUUAAGACACUUCUUUCACUGUGUGGGGCAGAAAAGGAAAUGCUUGGUUCAUCACUCAUUAAGCCAUUGUUAGAUGACUUCCUUUUCCGAGCAUCUAGGAUAAUUUUAAACAGUCAUUCUCCAGCUGGCAGUGCUGCCAUCAGUCAACAGGACUUUCAUCCAAAGUGUAGUACAGUAAACAGCCGAUUGGCAGCCUAUGAAGUCCUUGUAAUGUUGGCUGAUAGUUCACCUUCAAAUCUUCAAAUUAUUACAAAAGAACUACUGUCUAUGCAUCAUCAACCUGACCCCGCCCUUACCAAGGAGUUUGAUUAUCUUCCCCCGGUGGACAGCAGGUCCAGUUCAGGCUUUGUGGGACUGAGGAAUGGUGGCGCAACUUGUUACAUGAAUGCAGUCUUCCAGCAGCUGUACAUGCAACCUGGGCUCCCCGAGUCAUUACUUUCAGUGGAUGAUGACACAGACAAUCCAGAUGAUAGCGUGUUUUACCAAGUACAAUCUCUGUUUGGGCACUUGAUGGAAAGCAAGCUACAGUAUUAUGUACCUGAGAACUUUUGGAAGAUUUUCAAGAUGUGGAACAAAGAACUUUAUGUGCGAGAACAGCAGGAUGCAUAUGAAUUCUUUACUAGUCUCAUUGAUCAGAUGGAUGAGUAUCUCAAGAAAAUGGGGAGAGAUCAGAUUUUUAAGAACACAUUUCAGGGUAUCUAUUCUGAUCAGAAGAUUUGUAAAGACUGUCCUCACAGAUAUGAGCGUGAGGAAGCAUUCAUGGCUCUCAAUCUCGGAGUUACUUCUUGUCAGAGUUUGGAAAUUUCUUUGGACCAGUUUGUUAGAGGAGAAGUUCUGGAGGGGAGCAAUGCAUACUACUGUGAGAAGUGUAAAGAAAAGAGAAUUACAGUGAAAAGGACCUGUAUUAAGUCUCUACCCAGUGUUUUGGUGAUUCACCUGAUGAGAUUUGGAUUUGACUGGGAGAGUGGACGCUCCAUUAAAUAUGAUGAACAGAUAAGGUUUCCUUGGAUGCUAAACAUGGAACCUUAUACAGUUUCGGGAAUGGCUCGUCUGGAUUCAUCUUCAGAAGUUGGUGAAAAUGGGCGAAGUAUGGACCAAGGAGGUGGAGGAUCCCCACGAAAAAAAGUUGCCCUUACAGAAAACUAUGAGCUGGUUGGAGUCAUCGUACACAGUGGGCAGGCACACGCCGGCCACUACUAUUCCUUCAUUAAAGACAGGCGGGGGUGUGGAAAAGGAAAAUGGUAUAAGUUUAAUGAUACAGUUAUAGAAGAGUUUGACCUGAAUGAUGAGACCUUGGAGUAUGAAUGCUUUGGAGGAGAAUAUAGACCAAAAGUUUAUGAUCAAACAAAUCCCUAUACUGAUGUCCGCCGAAGAUACUGGAAUGCCUAUAUGCUGUUCUACCAAAGGGUGUCUGAUCAAAACUCCCCGGUAUUGCCAAAGAAGAGCCGAGUCAGUGUUGUACGGCAGGAGGCCGAGGAUCUCUCGCUGUCCGCACCAUCUUCACCAGAAAUCUCGCCUCAGUCAUCUCCUCGACCCCAUCGACCCAACAAUGACCGACUCUCUAUUUUAACCAAGCUGGUUAAAAAGGGCGAGAAAAAAGGACUAUUUGUGGAGAAAAUGCCUGUUCGCAUAUACCAGAUGGUGAGAGAUGAAAACCUCAAGUUUAUGAAGAAUAGAGAUGUGUACAGUAGUGAUUAUUUCAGUUUCGUUUUGUCUUUAGCUUCAUUAAAUGCUACUAAAUUAAAGCAUCCAUAUUAUCCUUGCAUGGCAAAGGUGAGCUUACAACUUGCCAUUCAGUUCCUUUUUCAAACUUACCUACGAACAAAGAAAAAACUCAGGGCUGAUACAGAAGAAUGGAUUGCCACUAUUGAAGCAUUACUUUCAAGAAGUUUUGAUGCUUGCCAGUGGCUGGUUGAAUAUUUUAUUAGUUCUGAAGGGCGUGAAUUGAUAAAAAUUUUCCUUUUGGAGUGCAGUGUGAGAGAAGUACGAGUUGCCGUAGCCACAAUUCUGGAGAAAACCCUCGACAGUGCCUUGUUUUAUCAGGAUAAGCUAAAAAGCCUUCAUCAGUUAUUGGAGGUGCUGCUUGCUCUGUUGGAUAAAGAUGUCCCAGAAAACUGUAAAAACUGUGCUCAGUACUUUUUCCUUUUCAACACUUUUGUACAAAAGCAAGGUAUUCAGGCUGGAGAUCUCCUUCUGAGGCACUCAGCUCUACGCCACAUGAUUAGCUUCCUCCUCGGGGCCACUCGGCAAAAUAACCAGAUACGUCGAUGGAGUUCAGCACAGGCACGAGAAUUUGGGAAUCUUCACAAUACAGUGGCACUGCUUGUGUUGCAUUCAGAUGUCUCUUCACAAAGGAACGUUGCUCCUGGCAUGUUCCAACAGCGGCCUCCUAUUAGCAUUGCUCCCUCAAGUCCUCUGCUGCCCCUGCACGAGGAAGUUGAAGCCUUGUUGUUCUUGUCUGAGGGGAAACCCUACCUGUUGGAGGUCAUGUUCGCGCUGCGAGAGCUGCCAGGCUCACUGCUGGCCCUCAUGGAGAUGGUGGUGUACUGCUGCUUCUGCAACGAGCACUUCUCCUUCACAGUACUGCAUUUCAUCAAGAAUCAACUCGAAACAGCUCCACCUCACGAACUGAAGAACACUUUCCAGCUACUUCAUGAGAUAUUGGUCAUUGAAGAUCCCAUACAAGUAGAGCGAGUCAAAUUUGUCUUUGAGACAGAAAAUGGAUUACUAGCUCUGAUGCACCACAGUAAUCAUGUGGACAGCAGUCGCUGCUACCAGUGUGUCAAGUUUCUUGUAACCCUUGCUCAAAAGUGUCCCGCUGCUAAGGAAUACUUCAAGGAGAAUUCCCAUCACUGGAGCUGGGCUGUUCAGUGGCUACAGAAGAAGAUGUCAGAACAUUAUUGGACACCACAGAGCAAUGUCUCUAAUGAAACAUCAACUGGAAAAACCUUUCAGCGAACCAUCUCAGCUCAGGACACACUGGCAUAUGCCACAGCUCUGUUGAAUGAGAAAGAGCAGUCGGGAAGCAGUAAUGGGUCAGAGAGCAGUCCCGCCAAUGAGAAUGGAGAAAGGCAUUUACAGCAGGGUUCAGAGUCUCCCAUGAUGAUUGGUGAGUUAAGAAGUGACCUUGACGACGUGGAUCCUUAGGGCAGGCGCCCAGCACCCGAGGAGUCAAGCCAGGAUGCCGGAUGCUUAGCCCCUUUAGCGACGUUCGGCAGAGCCUGGAGAGUGGGGAGGGAGGGCUGCGUGACAGCACCGUGAACUGUAGAAGCAAGCAAGCAAGCAUCUAUGGGCACCAGAAGGUUCAGGAGCUGUUUAGCCGUGGGAGAAUGCCAGCCUGUGAUCAGCUGCCCAGGUGGCAUAGUCCUUAUGUGAAUCAAUGUUUUUGUCGUGAUUUUAGGAAACAAAGUUGGUGGCAGACUUUUGUUACAUGAAUGAAGUGUGAAGAUAAAGCUCUUACUUUCUGUAUGAGGUUACGAAGGAAAUUCCUUUGGCUUUUAUAUUUUAAGGGGAAAAAAUAGGCUGUCUUUAGAUAUGUGGGGCAAAUUUUUAAUCUUGUGGUAACAUUGGCUAGAAAUAUUCAACUUAAAAUGAUGUAAAGAUAUGUGAUACAAUUCCUCUCUGUUGUACAAUAGUAGUUAAAGAAUACAGUUUACACAGACCUUUGUAUUUAAUAUGUCUCCCUUUUGUAUAGAAUUUCUGAGGGGGUGGGAAAAUCCUGGGCAAAAGCCUGGAUCUUGACAAAAUGUUACCAGGAUCAAAAAUUGGGAAAUUAUCAAGCUCUUUACUGUAUUUUUCUGAUAUAAAUGAGAUUGAGAAGAGCAAUAAAAAAAAAAUGCUUUGUUCCCCGGAAGUACAGGGUGCAUUCUUUGACAUGAUCAUAACAGCAAAGCGAAAAGCACUUUAAGAUAUAAUUUUAUUGAGUUUGACUUCGUAAAACGACCUUUUUAAUGCUUGGAGACAUAUUGAAUAAACUGUAGUCCUGAAUCAUGUGAUCUGCAAUCAUUUGAUUUCGCUUAAAAUGUAACUACUGAAGCCCUAGAGAAUGGUUGUAUAUGACGUUAGAAAACACUGCUUGGGAGUGAUUUGAAUGCAGAGAAGGAAUCUGAGACUGAUGAUUCUCCUCAGUAUGACUAAUCAGCAGUGAAACAACAGGUCGGCUUAAGAUUUCUUUUCGUAGAAAUAACUAGAAAAACAUUGAACAGCCACCCAUUUAGUUGUACUUCCCAGGUGUAGCACUAUUCACUUAGAACUCCACUUAGAUAUUAGCUUCUGGAGCCGGGGGAGGGAUUUACACCAACACACUUCAUAUAUUUUGUACAUUUUGUAUUUUGAAAUGCACACCUUCUCAGCCCUGUAUUGCCUUUAGUUGAAUGCCCUGCCUUAUUGUCAGCUCACCGUGUGCAGAUCUGGAGGGGCGUUAGGAAGUGCCAGGUUGCCCAUUCAGUGAGACUUGCCAACUCAAAGAGGCACGACCAGCCCCGAAGUGCCUUUCGGUUGCUUUUGUGUUUUGUGUGGACAGAUGGCAGGGUAGACAGCCUCUUAGUGCUGUGCGCUUGCCGUCACGUGGGCAGGUGCC